AUGACAAUCGGAAACGAGAACACUGCAGAUCACAGUAAUUCUUUCCCCAUUCGUUUAUUGCAUUUCAUUUCAUCGGAUAAACUUUCGGAAGCGAUAACGCUGUUGCUAAAAUUGGGUGUCCAGUCGUCAGCGAUAUACAGUGAUUUUUUGGCCAGUUGCCGGCGAAAUUUGAAUGAUCAGCUUUCGACGAUACAGUCACAAAAACAGUUCGCUGUUCAAGCUACGAUUUUUCUUUAUUUAUUGAAGGACGCUGUCGAUGUUUUGGAAUUUGUGGAUAAUUGUUGUAGCGCGUUUUUAGCCGAUUUGUCACUGGUUACCGCGCUCAGUCAACGGUUCUUUCCAAAUCAGAUACAGAAGCAAACUAUGGAAUUAGCUACUUUACUUACACUAACUUUCACUAACUUCAAUUACCACAAUUGUCAUGCUGACGAAGUCCAAUUGUGGAUUGGUAAGAAAUGUAUACGACUCAGUGAACCGAAACACUUCUUACCAUUAUAA